UUUGGUGCUCAAACGAUUGCAACGUGCCGAUUGCUCGGUCUCUCUCUCUCUCUAAAGAAAAAAAAACAAAUGCAAAGCAACCUACAACGAAACACAAAACCCUAAAAGAAUUCUCAACUUUGCAUACCUUCUGAUAUUUUUUUUGUUACUUUUUUUGCCACUUGAUUUAUUUAUUUCGCAAAGUCGUACCCAACAAAUAAAUAAAAUAAAAUACGCCAAAGGCCAACAGGAUUAGUCACGCCUAUUUUCAAGUGCUUAUGCCAGUGAUUUUUUGCCGGGUUAAUAAAAAUUGUAUACAACAUUUGUAACGAUCAUCAAACGAAAUAAUUCGAAAAAAAAGGGCGCAGCUAAAAGCAAAAAUUUUCUACCUGCUGCAUUAAAAGAAAAAAAGUUUUGCGCUUCUGUCAGUUGGAGGAGUUAACUGCGAUUUGCACACACUCUAAAGCAAGUGGCAACAAUCGGAGGAUAGCGAACGCAAGAAGCAAAUUCGCUCGCAACUUUAUAAACUACGCGAGACGCGUUUGAGGAAUCUUUAUCGCCACGAGCCGGACUCUAUAGCCUUGACCAUUGCCAUGUCGGAGCCCAAUGGGAAUACAAUGUCUGGCUUUGCCAAGGAUCCGUUGGCCACCAGUCACGGCGACGCUUUGCUCGAUCAGAAUUUCCAAAGUCUCAAGUCCAAGGAGGUGCGCGAUUCGAUAAGUCCCACCCAUGAGAUUAAGUUCCAUUCGAUGACGCUUACCCAACCCAAUACCACGGGCUGGGAUGUGCAGACCUUGUCGGAAGUUAGUCCCGAUGGACGUGCCUAUCGCACCGAGACGCUCGCCAAGACAGACGGCGUGGAGAAGCUGAAUGGAGGUGGCAUCGCCGAGUUCAAGGGACGCAAUGAGCAACUGUCGAGCGCCUCGCAUGAGGGCGAUGAUAAGAACUUUGUGAAGAAGGCCGCCGAGAGCAGCAAGACGCAGCUGCAGGAGAAAGUUGUCUUUGGUGAUGAGCAGAAUGGACGCACCGAGAUUAAGAAGAGCUCAACGUCCACCUCGACAUCGAAGUUUGUUAGCUCAAGCAGCUCCACCAUGGAGUUCGAUGAUCAGCCGCGGCCACAGCGUCUCAUGGAUGCGCAGUCUGUGCAGCGUGAGCAGCAGCAUCAUGAGCAUCAGCAGCGCUUGGAGCAGCAGCGCUAUGAGCAGGAGCAGCGUCUGCAGGAGCAGCGUCACCAGCAGCUGGUGCAGGAGCAAGUGUUGCGUGAGCAGCAGCAGCGUCACCAUCAGGAGCAAGUGCAGCGUGAGCAGCGCGAGCAACGCGAGGAGCGCUAUACGGAGAAUCAAACACGCAAUGUGGAGACUCAACAGCACUACGAGGAGAACAAGCGCUAUGUGGAUAUGGACAAGGCUUCGCCCGAGUAUCAGCGCCAUGUGCAGCAUCUGAUGGCGCAGCCCGGCGAGAUUAUAUCCAAUACGGUGGAGUAUCCCAAGCCGAAUGUCAAAAUGAUUACGACAGUCAAGCGUCUGCCCGAUGGCACAAUUGUUAAGAACAAGCGCUACGAAACGGAGCAAGUGCAGCAGCCAGCGGUGAAUGAGCGCCAAACGCACACCCAAAGCCAAACCCAAACCCAUUCCCAGAAUCAAGCGCUACGUCAACGCACCCAAGAUGUGCUCGACAAUGUGGAGCAAGUGCAGCGCGAACAGCGUGAGCAUGCCACAAAUGUCAAGCAGGAAAGCUUUGUCAAAAAGUCCAGUCGUCGCUACUCCACCGAAACCACUUCGGAAACUGUCGAGCAGCAGUACGACGAGCGUCCGGACUUUGGCACUCAUGGUUUUCCCUCUGUCAAGUCGCACAAGCCCACGCAGGAGUUUCCCAGCCAGCGUGCCGGCACGCCCACAUCACCACGUCAGCCCAGCCAGGACUUUGGCACGCCCACUUCGCCACGUCAGCCCAGCCAGGACUUUAGCACGCACGGAUUUCCCUCGGUGAAGCCACACAAGCCCACGCAGGAGUUUGCCAAUCAGCGUGCAGCCAGCGAGGAGCAUGUGGUCAUCAAAAGCGAGCGCCAGGUAAAGCAAACCAGCAGCAGCACCACACAGCAGCAUGAAGUGGAAACGGAUUACGAUGCGCGUCCAGCGGCGGGCAAGCCCAGCUGGCAGCAGCGUCCAGUCCAGGAGCAAGAGCAGCCACGCAGGCAACAUGUGGAGACGCAUCAUGAGCAUCAUGUGACGCAUGAAUCGCGUCCUGCAGCUGGCAAGCCCAGCUGGGAGCAGUCGAGUCCCAGGCGCACAGUGGCGCCCACUAUGCACAGCUCGCCCAGGCAGCAGCAGCCGGAUCAAACGGAUAACAAGCGUCGCUCACAGAGCCCACACAAGCCCAUGGAGCGUCUGGUGCAAACGCAUGUGGAGCGCAAGCCAGCAAGCAAGUCGCCCACCAGCAAAUCGCCAACGCGCAAGAUAACAAGCAGCACCACUAGCAACAACACCACCACCAGCAGCAGCAGCAGCAUGACACGUCGCCAGCUGCAAAAGGAACGCGAAGUGGACGCAGCGCAUCGUGCCUUUGCCGCUUCGCUGCGCAGCAGCUCGCCAGCCGAGAGCACCACCUCGAAUGGCUCCCAGCGCCGCGACAGUGGCCAGCACCACCAUCAUCAUCCGCAUCAGCACUCGGAGCCCAGACAUACGCCACGGUCCAGCAUUUCAUCGCAUCGCACCUAUCGCGCGGGCAGCCAUGACAGUCAUGCCCCAUCCGAGUCCAGUCGCAUCAGCAGCACCACUGUCACCCGCAGUACAGCGGCAUCGCCAACAUCGACAACAGCAACAAAGUGUGUGGGUAAAACAGUCGUUACCAAGCAGCAACAACAACAUAGUGUUGCCAACAAGCAGCGUCAGGUUAAAACCACUAACGAUACAAACGAUCUUAUGCCGCAGCCUUUGCCAGCGAGCACUACUACGAAAGCCAACAACAACAACACAGCAGCAGCAGCAGCAACUACAACAAGCACAACAACAACCACUAAGCAUAGCAGCGAGCCACAGUCCAGCACUAAAACCACCGUUAUAAGCAGCACAACAACCACAACAAGCGAAUUGCCCACAGAUAACCAAUCACAGUAUACGUAUGCUACUACUAAGCCCGACGAUAUAUUCUCUUUGCCCACUACUACUACUAUUAACAACAACGAACCACUACUAAACACUACAACAACAACAACAACAACCAACACCAACGCAACCUCCAACUCCAAUGCCCAGCCCCACAACAACAAAAACGUCGACAACAACAACAGCGAGUUGUUAACAAAAACAAAGCACAGCAUUAACGCCGCCAGCACCAAAAUCAACAAUACACCAACAACAAUAGCUGCUGCUAUUGUUGAACCGCCCUGUGUGCGUAAAUCUUACUACAAGCUUGGUCCGUCCGAUCAGCAGGCAGCAGACAGCAGCAUCAGCAGUGUUGCCGAGGCGCCAAUAGAAGCUACUGCUGCCAGUGUUGCCACGUCCAAGAAACCCAGCUCACCUGCACCCAAACGCACCACCAGCAACCAUAGCAAACCCCAAACACCCGUACAUAUCUAUAAUACUGAUGAUGAUGAUGGUGAUCAGGAUGCUGAUCAGGAUAAACCCACACCGGCCAGACGCAGCUCCAAGUCGCCCAGCAUUGAGCGACACACGGUCCACAGGGAGACAGCAUUUGAAACUGUUAAGCAGCGUGAACCAUUGGAAGAGGAUUUGCUAAACAUUGUGGAUCAAAUACAGAUUGAUGAAAGUGAACUCUUGAUAAAACGUAAACCUCAGCAGCCAGCGCGUCAAAGUCCCGAAAAGGAGCAGCCGACAAGCUAUAAGCCUCAACAGCCUACACGUUCGAGUCCCGAGAAAACUACGCUGCAGGAAUUACCAGCUGGGCCAGCUACAAAACCCAAGCAGGCACCACGUCAUAGCCCUGAGAAGCAAACAGUGCCAACGAGUUUUAUUAAUAAACCACGUCAAAGUCCAGAAAGGCAAGAAAUCCCUCGUCAAAGCCCUGAGAAACAAACAGUGCCAACUAAAUUCAACGAUAAGCCACGUCAAAGUCCCGAAAAGGAACAAUUCCCACGUCAAUCUCCAGUGAAGGAACAACCAGCUGCUUGGCAGCCACAGCAACCAGCUCGUCAGCCUACAGCUGAAGAACCGGAAUGGCCACGUCAGAGUCCUGAGUGGGAACUGCCAGCCAAGUCGAAGCAAACACCACGUCAAAGUGCUGAGAAGCAGCUGCCUGAGUCGAAGGAUAAACCACGUCAAAGUCCCGAAAAGACUUUGAAACCAACUCCAGCUGUAUCUGAGCCAACAACCCAUGUAACAGAAGAUGCAUUCUUUCGCAGCACCCUUAACCAGAAGGUAACCAACACCACUAAAAAUAUAAACGAAACCUUUAUAACGAACGAACGACAGCCAACUGCAGAGCCCACAAAGCCAAGCAAUGUGGAUGUGCACGAUAAGCCAGAAACACCCGAGCUACCCGAUGGUGGUUUCAUUUCAAAGAGUCCCGAGCCCGUGGACAAUCAGCCUUGUUAUCGCAAAAAAGGAUUAACACGUCGUGAGACAUUCGAGGAUCGUUGUCGCAAAAUUUUGGGCAUGGAAGAAGAUGGCGAUACGCAGGGAAAUUUUACGCAAAAGACGAACGAUGACGAUGACGAUGAUGAUGAUGAGAAGACAACUGAUGAUGAAGUGGAGCAAACUACAACAACUAUAGAGACAUUUGAGGUGAAAAUUGAGGAUUGCCCCGAUGAUGAUGAUGAUGAAGAUAAGCCUACGCGUGUAACCGAAACAUUUGUUAUUACCAAACCUGUGAUCAAAGUGGAGCCAGAGCGCAGUGAGGUGCACAUAACGGAAAGCGAUGAAUUUGAAAGCACUACAAAGAACACAACUAAAAAGCAAGUGGUACAACCAAAGGUUGAGCAACAACCUCGCGAGGAAGCACAAAAACCCUGGCAGCCCAAGGAUGAUGCAGAGCUAAUUAUUGUAGAGACGACAAAUAUAACAAAGCAACCACGUGGACCGAAAUCAACUUCGCCGCAGCGCAAAACCUCGUUGCCCAAAUCUCCCACAAGACAGACCGAUCAGACAAUACAUUAUGUAACCGAAAAGAUUAUCGAUUGUCAGGAUAAGAAUGUAAGUCCUUCAAAGCAACCAUUAAAACCGGACGUUGAAGCUAAAUCAUCGGUCAAGCCGAAGACAACUGAAACGCCAAAAUCAACGACAACGGAGCGACGCAAUUCACGCACGUCGACAGCUGCCACUAAAACUAAACCUAACAACAAGGACUCGCCAGUUAAAAGUCCACGCAAAGAGUCCUUGCCUAGAACAAGCAACAAGCGUGAUAGUUUGCUAGAGGAAACCACAACAACAACAACAACUACGACGACAACUAACAAGCGCAAUUCUCUGCCCAAGCAACGCAAGCCCAACGACAGCUCACCCAGCCACAUUAAGGAGCGACUACGCUCAUCAGCACGCAAGCCCAAGCAGCCACAAGCUGAUCAAGUGGACGCCGAGUCCAGUUCCAGUGACACCAGUCCCACUCGUGCGCCCAGCGAUUUGUCGCGUCGUCGCUCUAGCAACAUCUCCGUGCACACAGAGAUUAUCAUCGAUCAUGCCACACCCAAGACGCCGUCGCCACGCAGCGAGCGCAAGCAGCCGCAGCAGCCACAAGUGUCGCCGCAGGCACGCCGCCAGUUGCCGGUGACAGAGCGCAAGGAGUCGGCACCAGUGCCGCGUGUUACGCGCCGUGACAAGGAUAAGGUUACACGCUCGACCAGCGAGCAUGUCAUCAAGCUGGUCAAUGGCAAGCCUGCACCGGAGAUGAGCACGCUCAGACCCAAUCCAAGCACACGCAGCAAUAAGUGCUUUACUAGCAAAAGCAUCAAGCUCAGCGAGCAGCUGCUGAACAGCGAGGAUGUCAUCAUUGAUAUACAACAGGCAAAGAGUUCGCGUGAACCCUCGCCCGAUCGCAUUGUGCCCACGCCUGUGACCAGCGAGCUGGAUGCAGGCCACAAGCCACGUUAUCCCGAUGUUGUGCAGGAGCCAGAGGAUGAGCCACGCAGGCCGCCCGUUAUUACCAACAUACCCAUCUUUGAGGAGCAAUCGAACAGCUUCGUUGGCUGCACAAUCUCCGAGCUGCGCAGCCAUGCCAAUGGCAUUGAUGUGGAGGUGCUGGACAAUCCCACAGUGGAGGCGCCACAAAGCUUGGACUAUCAGCAGCCAGCCAGCAUUAGUCACAGCGUGCCCGUGGAUGAAUGUCUGCUGAGCGUGCAUGAGAAGGUGAACAAGUUCACACAGGAUGCGGAGCUCAUCAAGCAGCCCAAGAGCUCAGCGCCGUUCAGUCGUCAGUUCGAUGAGCAUGCUCAGGUCUCUGCCAGCGAUGAGUGUCUGCUCAGCAUCAAUCAGAAGGUGGACAAGUUUCUCAAGAGCGCCGAGACCGUUACCAAGCCCAUUACACCCACGCGUGACAUACAGCGUCCCAGCUUUGAGCAAUUGCCCGAGGAGCUGCGUCAGGAUGAUUGCACGCUCAGUGUUUCUCAAAAGGUGCACAAGUUCAUAGACACUGCCGAUAAGUUGGCACCCAGUGCACCACAGAAAUCUCCACGAUUGGUGGCUAACAUCGAACGUCAUAUCUCGCGUCAAAGUGAACCCGAGCUGGACCAAGAGUCCGAGCCGGAGCAACCCAUGUAUAGCGAGCCCGAGGAGGAUGAUCUGCUGCCCAUGUCCAAGCAGCACACCACUGCCAUCGAGCUCAAACGUCAAAAGGACAUACUCAAUCGUCCAUCGGUGUUUAACCAACGCAAACCGUCGCUGCCCAAAACCAAAACCAUGUCCAGCACCACGCUAAUCAAUGAGGAGCGCAAGAGCUAUCGACAGCAGCCGGGCAGCGCUAAUCCUACGACUACGACACGCAAGCCUAAGGAUUCGACCGAUGCGCAGCCCACACAGCGUGGUGAGGCCAUAAGCGAGCAGCAAUGGGUGCUGAGUGUGGAUGUGGAUGAACUAAAGGAAACCAAGUCGAAAUCCCCGCAAGCUAAGCCAAGCAAAGUGAAGCCUGCUGACGUUGAUGAAGUCAAUCCAAAGUCCAAAUCACCACUCAGCAGUCGCAAGCAGCCCAAGACUUCGUCUGAACAUGAAGAACUCCCACAGCUGGAAUCUACUUUUACCACACGCACCACGACAACCAAGUCGAAAUCACCGCUUAACGCACGCAAGCAACCGAAGACUCAACCUAGCGAUGAAGAGCCCGCUCGCUCGCCUACAAGCAAAUCAAAAUCACCUCUAACGAAUCGCAAGCCAAUUAAACCCAGCUUGGAGUUGGCACCUAGUGAUGAAGAAUUCGAACAACUGGAAUCCACCUAUACUACACGCACUACAACAACCAAAUCGAAAUCACCACUGUCUCCCAACAAGACUCAACCCAGCGAUGAGGAACCCACGUUCAUUGCAGGGCGUAAGACGAAAUCUCCUAUGUCUCCUACGAAGACUCAACCCAGUGAUGAAGAAUCCACGUUUAGCAGACGCACCAAGUCAAAGUCACCCAGCAAGCAGCCCCAGACCCAUCCCAGCGAUGAAGAAUCCACGUUUAGCAGACGCACCAAGUCGAGAUCACCGCAACGCAAUCAACCCAAGCCAAGCAAAACACCUGAAGCUACACAUCCCAGUGAUGAAGAAUUCGAACAAUUGGAAACCAGCUUCAUUACACGCACCACAACAAACAAGUCGAAAUUAGUGCGCAGUCCUCAAGCUCCAAGCGAAGAAGAAGAAACACCGGAACUUAACAACUCGACUACACGUCGAUCUUCCAAUAAAUUGAAAUCCGCCACAAAUGUGAAGUCGACGCAUACGAAAACGAGUGUGGUGAAGAAACAGGAUGUUGAUGUAAAUACAUACAAUUCACGCAGUUCCACCACACCACAGUCCAAGUCUUUAUCAUCACCCAAAUCACCACACAACAAUAGCACAACAACAACUACAACAACAACAAUGUCUAAAACGAGCACCGAGCACAGCAUCAAACCAACUAACCCCAAAACCCACAGCAGCUAUGCGCCAGACACUGAUAAAUGUGUUGAAACAGUUCUAGAGCGCAAAAGUCCUAGCUCCAGCUCCAGAGCAGCCCCAGCAGCAGCACGCAGCGUCGCCUCGCGACGUCACAUGUUUGAGCAGCCAGCCACAGCAGCUCCAACGGCAGCACCAGCUAACGACAGCAGCAGUCCAAGCAGACGUCCUUCGUAUAUGGAUCAUACCAAGUGCUCCUUGGAGCAUAUGCGACGUGAUUCAUUGGAAUUGAAUAAGACGCACUAUACGCGUAAGAAUUCACUGGAGGACGAUGCCAACUGCGAGCCACGCAAUCCCAAUGCAGCGGUUAAAUUCGAUGUGCCUAGGCGCAGCAGCAACAGCAACAGCAACAACAACAACAACAGCAGCAGCAUUGAUGCGGAUACGGAUAUUGAGCAAAUCUUUGAUUUAGUGCAGCUGGAGCAGCUGCUCGAGACAGUAAGCAGCUACGAGUUGCGUCGACGCAUACGCGCGCAAAUACGUUUGAUUAAAAAGAAUAUGCUCAAUGCUGGCACAACAACAACCACUACUACAACGACAACAACAACAAUGCGCAGCAGCAACAGCAGCACGCCAGCUAGGCAGGCAACGCCUGUAGGACGACGUGCUGAGCAAGUGGAUACAGGCAAGCCACCGGUGAAGCCACGUGAACGCAGCGCCAGUCCAGCAGCAGCCAAACGUCGCAGCAGCAACACGCCCACUAAGGCAAGCGACAAGCCCAGCACGGGCAGUCCCAUUUGGACAGAUCGCAGCAAAGUGCUGCGCGCUAGCUCUGGCUCAGUGUCGCCUACGCCACGCAAAGCUUCCAACACCAGCACCAGCACCAGCAGCAGUAGCAGCACCAAGCUAACACGCAGCAGCAACAGCAACAGCAGCAGCAGCAGCACUAAAACCAUCACCAAGAGCAGCAGCAAACCACGUGAGGAGGACUGCAUAACCUCCAGCUAUGGCGUUGGACCUACAGAUGAGCAUGGCUUGCCGCUGUUUGGCAUACGCGCGCUCAAGAAGAAGACAACACCAGCAGCCAACUGUGAGACAAAGCAAGAAGUCACAGGCUAUGUCAUCGAGGAGCAGUUCUAUGCCGCCGACAAUGCCACGCCACGUCAUGAGCGCAAGGAGCUCAUCUACUCCAGCAAUCCCGAGCAACUGUUGUCGCUGCAACAGCAACUGCAGCAAACUGACAGCAGCAGCAACAACACAACGCUGCAGCGUGAGUUCAAACAAAUUGAUGCAGCCGAUGCCAUCAGCACUCCGGAGGUUACAAACUAUGUGCGUCGCGGCUCGGUUAAGGAGCUGAGCGAACGCUUCAUACGCAAGGAGUCGAAUGCCUCCUCCACUAGUUCGUCUCAGCGUCAGGAUGAGCCCGAGACCGAGGACAGCGAGUCGACCGAAGUCUGCAGCGUCAUUGAGGUGGAGCCGCAGCUGCGUCAGCACACCAGCAGCACCACCAGCACUAGCACCCGUACUAGCUCCAGAGCCAACAAUACGCGCUCUUUUCUCAACACCACGGGCGAGGAUCGUCAUGUGAGCAGCGUGGAUGAUGUGCUCGAACGUAUGCGCAAUGCGGAUAAUGUUAUGGAACCUGGCGAUAAUGCUGAGGAUCGUGAGGCGCGCGCUUUGCUUAAUAAAUUUCUAGGCGCUAGCGUUAUAAUGCAGGGCGUGGAAAGCAUGUUGCCAGCUGGUCAGCGACAGCAGAAUAGAACCAGCAGCAACAGCAACACUAACAACAGCAACAGCAGCCAAGCGGUGAAAACCACACGCAUUACCAAUACCUACAAUAAAACUGGCAACACCAGCAGCAGCAGCAACAACAACUCGAACAACAAAAGGAACAGCUCCUCAGCACUAGUUACACGCACAACUUGUGACAUCGAGGAGAUUUGGGACGAGCAAAUACUCAAGCAAUUGCUGGAACAGGCCUCCACCUACGAGGAGCGUCGCAAAAUUCGGGCACGUCUACGCGAACUUAUGGCGGAACGCGAGGAGCAAAAAAAUUUAAAAGCUAGCGGCGCCAAAGCCGCAGCUCAAGCUGACGAAGAAAGCAGCAGCGCCAGUGAAUAUGAGGAAAUUAUAGAAGAGGUGACCGACUACAGCGACGAAGAAGAAGAAGAAGAAGAAGAGGCACCAGUGAAGGAAGUUAAAAAAGUAGCAGCUACACCGCCGCCCGCUAAAAAGGAGGAGAAAAAGGAGUCAACGGUCAAAUUGGAGCAAAAAUUGGCCAAAGUUGAAAUAAGCAAGGAGCAGGUGGAUGGUCAACAGGCACACAAGGGACAACAACAAAGCGCAACGACCACUGAACGCACCGAGAGCAAGUCCAAGGAUGGCGGCUCAGUUGUUACCACAACCACAACAAAAGUUACCACUCGCACUAUGAGCGGCAAGAAUAUUUCGCCAUUGGCCAAAUUUAAGCAGCUCGAUAAGGCCGCCGCUCAGCAGCAGGCUCAAAAAUCAUCUCCAACAACAAGCACUACCCCAGGCGGUUCAGCACAACCGUUAUUCAAAUUUACCGAUCCGGCAUUAAAUGCGCGCGCCGCCACUGUCAAGGAUCAACUUCUGCAGUGGUGUCAGCACAAAACGCAGGAAUAUGAGAACGUUCAAAUAACCAACUUUAGCGCUAGCUGGUCAGACGGCUUGGCCUUUUGUGCGCUAAUCCAUCACUUCUUGCCCGAUGCAUUUGACUACAGUAAACUAACAAAACAAACGAGACGACAUAACUUUGAGCUGGCCUUCAGUGUUGCAGAUGAGAAAGCUGGCAUAGCACCUUUGCUAGAUGUAGAGGAUAUGGUGGAGAUGAGUCGACCAGACUGGAAAUGCGUUUUCGUCUAUGUGCAGAGCAUCUAUCGUCGUUUUCGCAAUUGCCAGUGAAUAACAACAAUAACAA